GAGGGCGGAGCCCGCACCUGGAAGAUCCUGACGUUCGUGGUGGCUCUGCCCGGCGUGGCCGUGUGCAUGCUGAACUGCUACCUGAAGGCACAGCACGAGCACGAGCGGCCCGAGUUCGUGCCCUACCCCCACCUCCGCAUCAGGACCAAGCGUUUCCCCUGGGGUGAUGGGAAUAAAACUCUGUUUCACAACCCCCACGUUAACGCUCUCCCAACUGGUUAUGAAGAUUAAAACCAAGAUCCUGACAACAGCCAGAACUUUGUCUCUCCCCAUCUUGAACAAGAUUGUUGAGUGGGAGCCAUCAUUUUUGGGGUCAUAGUUUCAGAAACUCGAUGUUUCUUCUGUGAUGAAGCUGAGUGAUGUUGUGGCCCCCUGUGUGUACUUGUGAUGGGGUCCUUUAAAUAAACAAUUCUGAACAUGAA